AUGACUCCUGAACAAAAAGCAAAGAUUGAAGCUAAUAGAAUCAAAGCGUUGGAAAGAUUAAAAAGUAGAGGAAUACUGAAAGCUUCACAAGAGCAACAGAUUUCAAGAAGAAUCGCACCAACUGUUAUAGAAAUUAACGCUGGAAAUAAUACAACCAAUAGUGAUCUUACACCGAGGCCUCUUCCCUCUGUCAUAGAGGUGAACAGCUCGGAUGUACGAAACAUAGAUUUGUCAACCUCAAACGUUAGUUCACCGAUUGCAAAUAAUGAUAAACCCCAGAAUGCACAGAAGGAUCCGUUAAGUAGAAUAAGACCAAGUAUCAGAACUCAAGAUUACAUAGAAUAUGAUUUUGCUAAAGUGCGAAAUUCAAAUGGUGGAUUUAUUAACAUAGAAGAUAGAGCAAGUGGAUUCGACGCUGAUGAUUUUGAUUAUUACGGAGAAGAUUCAAAUGGACCUACUAAACACAAGUCAUUGGAAGAUUGGAAAAGAGAACAACAAGAGAGAAAAUAUAUUUAUGAAAAUGCACCUCCGCCUGAGCACAUUUCCCAAGCGCCAAAAUGUAUAGAAUGUAAAAUUAAUAUUGAAAUGGACCCAGUGUUAAAUGAUGUGUUCAAAUUACAAGUAUGUAAAAAAUGUGCAAAGGAUAUACCUGAAAAAUAUGCUCUACUGACUAAAACAGAAUGUAAAGAGGAUUAUUUAUUAACAGAUCCUGAAUUGAAUGACAUAGGGUUAUUUCACAGGCUGGAAAAACCAAAUCCACAUUCAGGAACAUUUGCUAGAAUGCAAUUGUUUGUGAGAUGUGAAAUUGAAAAGUUUGCCUUUGAAAAAUGGGAAGGAGAAGAAGGAUUAGAUAAUGAAUGGAAACGACGUGAAGAAGGGAAGGUAUCAAGACGUGAAAAAAAAUAUCAAGAGAAAAUGAAACAAAUGAGGUUAAAGACAAGGGCACAGGAAUAUACCAAUCGUUUAAAAGAGAAAAAAUAUGGUAAAACACAUGUUCAUAACUUUAGCAACCCAAUUGAUGGUGGAGAAGAUGAAGACGGGAAUGCAUUACAACGCAGACGAUGUAUGGAAUGUGGAUUACAAACAGAUGAAGUUGUUUUAUAG